UUUUGUUCGGUUCCUGCCCGUGAUUCGGCUCCCUGAUCCCCCGUAGCGAGCAGCCGGAGCGCUACAAUUGUCAGUUUCGUUACUGUGCCGCUUUUUAACGUUUGUUUUCGGCUCCAUGUUGAAGUUUUUUGCGUGCAGAGACACAGAUUCUCGUAGCCGCAGACACUGUUAGCCCAUACUACUCUCACUUCACACACACACGCACACACUCACACAGUGCACACGCAGACACGCGCGCAGCUCUCGCCUGAUUUGCACCAGCGCGGGUCAUUUUAGGUUAAACCCUGGCGCUGUGUCCCGUUCAGUUUAGCCGACGGAGAUCAUCACUGGUUCCAGUUGAGGAGGAAUGCACAGGCACUGGGACUCCAAAUAAUAUUGGGAAAGGAUCUCGUCUUGCAUAUGCGGUGUUUCUCUCGGGGAGCUCAGCAGCUCCUCAGUGCUGCCUGGAGUCAGACUUCACCACUUCCUCUGUGUCUGCUGGGUGAUUGGCAGUUGGGCCGCUGCCAAGGCCUGGACAGGCAUGAAACUCUCCUGGUUGAAUCAUCAGUGUUCUUUCAUCAAAGCUAGGUAUCCAGAUGUCUGAGGAGGCUCUGAGGAUGACGACUUGGCCUUAGAACCCCACCAGUAUGUCAGAGCCAGCAGAAAAUUGCUCCCCCCGCUGGAAAGAUGAGGCCAUUCAAAAUGGGUACAUUCCAAGUUACCUGGACAAGGAUGAGCUAUGUGUAGUGUGCGGGGACAAAGCCACAGGCUAUCACUAUCGCUGCAUUACCUGUGAAGGGUGCAAGGGCUUCUUCAGGCGAACCAUCCAGAAGAACCUCAACCCAACCUACGCUUGUAAGUACGAGGGGAAAUGUGUCAUCGACAAAGUGACCAGGAACCAGUGCCAGGAAUGUCGCUUCAAGAAGUGCAUUGUGGUGGGAAUGGCAACCGACUUGGUGUUGGACGACAGCAAGAGGCUGGCCAAGCGGAAACUAAUCGAGGAGAACCGGGAGCGCCGUCGGAAGGAGGAACUGCAAAAGACAGCGUGGGACCGACAGGAGCCCACCCAGGAGGAGUGGGACCUGAUCCGUAUGGUGACUGAGGCCCAUAUGGCCACAAACGCACAGGGCAACCACUGGAAGCAGAAGCGGAAAUUCCUGGUCGAGGAAGCUAUGCUUCUUAAUGAAAUAACAUGUAAUUUAUUCUAUACUUCUGACCAGAGUGCAGCGGGGGUGAAGGAAACUAAGCCUGAGGAAAUUGGUCAAGCGUCCAUGGUCAAUACACCUGAAGGAAACAAAGUGGAUAUAGAAGCCUUCAGUCAGUUUACAAAAAUUAUCACCCCUGCCAUAACCCGAGUGGUGGACUUUGCCAAAAAACUGCCUAUGUUUUGUGAGCUGCCUUGUGAAGACCAGAUCAUCCUGUUGAAAGGCUGUUGCAUGGAGAUCAUGUCACUGCGAGCUGCCGUUCGCUAUGACCCAGAGAGCGAGACCCUCACGCUCAAUGGUGAGAUGGCAGUCACGCGAGGUCAGCUUAAGAACGGAGGCUUGGGAGUAGUCUCGGAUGCCAUUUUUGACCUUGGCGUGUCGCUGUCCUCCUUUAACUUGGAUGACUCUGAGGUGGCUCUUCUACAGGCUGUCAUCCUGCUUUCAUCUGAUCGGCCGGGCCUGAGUAGCGUGGAGCGAAUUGAACGCUGCCAAGAGGAGUUCCUGCUGGCCUUUGAACAUUACAUCAACUACCGCAAACACAAAGUGGCGCAUUUCUGGCCCAAGCUGCUAAUGAAGGUGACGGACCUGCGGAUGAUCGGCGCCUGCCACGCCAGCCGAUUCCUUCACAUGAAAGUGGAGUGUCCCACCGAGUUAUUCCCUCCUCUCUUUCUGGAGGUCUUCGAGGACUGACCAAUGGAUUCUAGUGGAUGUGUGUGUGUGCAUGUAUGUGUGUGUGUGUGUGUAAGUAUGUGUGUGCAUACGUCAGCGCCUGGGCACCCUGGUGGUCUCAGGGGUGGAACCAGCAGAAGGCCCGUCACAAUGAACUUUCUAUUAGCACUACUGAGUGUCACUUCAUUCCAUAGUUUAGGAGUAGCUCUCUGGUCUAGUUUUGGAUGGAACCAUUCCUUACAGUGCGGGUACAUGUGAAUAGCAUUUUGCUCUUUUUUUUUUUUUUUUUUUUGGUUUUGUUGUUAAUGUUGUGGAUAUAACCUCUCACCUCGGAUUUUACUAUAGUUUUUUUUGUGUUGAUGAUUGUACAGUUGGCAUCAUGGUGAUUUUAUCAACACUUGUUCAUUCAUUAGAAACCAUGCAAAUGUUGUAUUUUCCUUCCUUUAUGUUGAAAAACUCAAAAUGGCUGCUCACCUGACACACGUAACAAGACAUUGUUAGCGAUCUGUUAGCCUUCCCCCCACCUGCUCGACUUUAUUGGACCCAUUUGUUGGUAUAUUACUAUAGUCAGUCAUCCUUAUGGUGAGUGUCUGAACUGUUCAGUGCCUCGCCAGCAUACUGUGACCUGACCUUUUGACAGCAACACUCAUUCUAAUGGACGACAGCUCACGGGCCUUUGUACGGCUCUGGGUAGCUACACAUCACAACGUGAAGUCGUAAUGCGGCAAUCCAGAGAUGUCGGAAAAAUCUGAGUCUUGCGACAGAAUAGCGACUAAAGGCAAAACUCUGAGUAAGAGGCCAAGGCAUGAUUUUGCAACGUCAACUUUUAAGACAUUAUUCGACGUCACAUACACACUGCUAACACUACACAACGAUAUUGUUUAAUCCUCAAAUAAGUGUGACCACAACACCUGCCUUUGUUAUAAGUAGCCAGACAUGGAGUUUUGAAUUUUUUAGGGUAGCAAACAUUGCUAAAUAUCAUGGACAACUUUAGCUAUUGCGCUAUGGCAGCAUAUUAGGGCCAUGGAAAAACAAAUAACCUUUUAUUCACAAAAGAAAGGGGAUGAUAUUUCAAAAAAUAUGUCAGAUUUCUUAGAUUUAUUUUGGACGGUAGAGGAGAUACCCACACACAAAUGUAACACAAAAUAAGGGUGCUCAAAGUGCAAAAAAUGAUAAAGAGCGAAUAAAAACAGCAGCAGACGUUUCAGUCCUUGACUAUCAACAGUGCUUUAUCUCAGCCUGUUGAUCUUCUUGUGGCUUUCUCGCCCCGUUACAUUGGUGUGUGUGUAUCUCAUCUAUCGUCCUUUCUUGUUUGUCCGUCGUACCGAUGCACCCAAGACAAACCUUUUCGUUGCCCCAAGCAGGCACAGUUUCACAGGAGCCCUAAGACAUGUUUGAAUUGUAAGUCGCUUAGAUUUAAAGGGAACUUAUUAUCCAUAGCAUAUCUUCCAGUUUUGAAAUGAUCAGGUCCACGUAAGAGUUUUAAUGUGGUCCACCAAACAACUCUGCGUUCAGUCUGCUCGAAGAUGUGUCACCGUCUCUACAAAGGAAAAGAAGCAAAACAGAUACUCUUAAGGGCUGCUUCAUGGAUAAUACGUCGCUGAGAUAAGGAGAGGAUGCUAAUGGAAUACGACAAAUCGUAUUCUAGGAAGUGAUUAUUUUUGCAAAUCACAAAUGUCUGUGAUGCACAUAUGUGACGUGUUUCCGGCUUUUUAUAUAAAUGGUAAAUGGACUGCAUUUAUAUCGUGCUUUUAUAAUCUUAGUGACCACUCAAAGCACUUUGCAUCAACAACUUACACACACACAUUCAGAAGCAAUUUAGGGUUCAGUAUCUCGCCCAAGGACACUUCGACAUGUCCACUGCAAGAGCCAAGGACUGAUCCACUGACCUUCUAAUUGGUCGACAGCUCUGCGAUGAUUAGUCAAUAAGUUCAUUGACAGGAAGAUAAUAAUGGGUGUGGUUUUCUUAAGAAAAAAUUCUGUAGUUCCAGCUUCUCGUUAUUUUUUUAUAUGUAUUGUGUUAUAGUGAAUUGAAUAACUUUGGCGGAUUGGUCAGACAAAUAAGCAAUUUGAUGACAUCAUCUUCACGUUAGGAAACCGUGUUGGUUUUCUGACAUUUUAUAAAACAGUUACUCAAGAAAAUAAUCAGUGGGUUAAUCAAUAAUAAAAAAUAAUAGUAGCCGUCCUUCAAGUAUUGAUCCAUGGCCCUAACAUGCUGUCACAGCUGCAUUUAAAGGGAGAAAAAUCUUUAUCUUAUAGAAGGAAAUCUCGCUUAUGUCCAUGUUUUUCGUUGUUAUUUUUACAAAAAAAACAGACAAACACAGAAAGGGUGUAACUCCAACCUCCACCUACCUGCUGGUGAUUCAGACUUCCGACAUUGAAAGGAACGCAGCCGUACCAUUAAAAUGAGCCUGCUCACCAUCACCAGAGACUGGUCAGGACUAACUAAAGCACAUAAUGACACUGAUGUCAGGAAAAGACAAUCAUAGAGUACUUGUUUUUUGUGUAACAAUGCCACAUGCUGUGCCAAAAUCAAGUGAAUGAUGCCCUCCUUAUCGAAUCCCUGCUGGGCUUGACUGGUUAUGCUAGUUAGUGCAUGCCACUCGCACAGAGUCAUCCCUCUGACUCGUGUUUUAGUCCACGUUUGCAGCUUCUACAGUACAACCGGUAUGAGUUUUAUGUGUUUCAUCUCGGCCAUGUUGCCUCAAUAGUCCCACAUACAGUGAUUUUAACCGUCUUUUUUUUUUUUUUCACACAACUCCCUGAAAACAGGGUACGUUGAAAGAGUGACGUCAUGGUGCUAUGGUGGGUUGGGGAUAUGGCUGGUUGAACUGUAUUAUUAUGUACAUGCAGAAAUAGGCAUUAUCUGUUUGUAUAACAGCCCACCACCUUCUUAUGAUGGCAUGCAUAUACACUAACACACAAACAUGCAGAUACAGUACAUACAUCUACCUGUACACAUACUGUACACAUGCACAUAUUUGCAUAUAUGCAUGUGCCAAGAUAAAAUAUGGGUCUGACCCCACCACUGUGACCAACCAGUGGGAUUUGGAGGCCAGGUGAAUACUGGCUGGCCCAAAACAGUAUGAUUCAUCAUCAGCACGGUACACUGAGAAAGCUGGUGAGAUUGUGAAAACGUAGCGCUCUUUCCUUUCUUUUAUUUUAGCAGGUUUGUCCUUUUUUUGUUGUCGUUCUGAAAGCCUCUCUGGUAUUGUCGUUUGCAAUGUGACAAACAUUUGCUCUGUAUAUCUCGCUUUCUCAAGCUUCACACUACUCCUCAAAGCAGCUUGUGUUUUUUCUCCUCUUUUCUGUGAAGUGAUGCCUUUUAUCAAAGCAAUAGACUUGCUGCAGUGUUUGAAUGACCCGGACCUCACACACACACCUCGCAAACUGUACAGACUAAAAAAAAUAAAUGCACAGACAAUCAGAGGGAGAGAGAUGGAUGGGGGAGUGGGCACCCAGGCUCAGGCGGCCCGGUUGGCCGUGCUGAGCCAGAGCCAUUUGAAAAAAGUAACAUUGGCCAUGUUUACAUGCACCCCUGUCAUCCAUCGUCCUGUUGAGGUCAUCUUCAUGUUUGCAGGUACCUUUGAUACCCUGUGACUGAGCCUGCCUGGUGCCAUUAUUAAACCAGUUCACAGAGUAGUUCUGGAAGAAAAAACACAGCAAAGAUCAAAACAGUGUCACAUUAGUUACGACUUACAUCUGUUUCUGCAUGAUAGACUCAUUGAACUCAAAUAAUGUGAUAAUAAUGUCAGUUACCACAGGCGGUGAAAAAUAAAUCUGGUCAGUUAACCGGGGCUGGUUGCACAUUUGUUAGACUAAUCUGUAGGUUUAAGUCAGACUUAAUUCUCCUCUUAGGUUUGUCUGAUGGCCCUUUUCAACCAAAUACUCCCAGGAACUAAACUCAGGAACUGAAAAAGGACCUAAAUGUCCCUUUGGUGCAUUUGUUUUUGCAUUUCCUUUGCAUCUGAAGAACUGUGAGGGUUAGACUUGGAACUUACAUUUGGUAAAUUAGCCCUAAAAAGCAUUAAAAAGUAUUAAAAAGUGACAACUUUGUUUGAGACUUUCUUAACACAAUGAGUUGACAACAUUGUUAGCUGUACUGCUACAUGAAUGGUGGAUGCCCACUGAAAUGUGUUAACUUGCUCUCUCUUGACUCGUUUUUUAUAGACAUUUAGACUAGUGUCGGGAACUCGGCUGCCAACAAGGUUUAAAGAUAUUCCCGUGCUAUUCCAGCAACGACUAUUGCUUACUUUUAAGUCUGAAUGAAAAGUGCUGCAGCAGUUUGCAGGCUUGUGCUUGUCAAGGUGGGACCAAGUCAUUGUUUUGCAACUCACAAGUCAAGACUCACAAGUCAUAAACUUUGAGUUUCAAGUCUUAAACAAGUCAGAAUGGGCUCCUCACCAAAUUUAAUGCCAUUUUAACAAAAGAGUAUCAUAUAAAUUUUGGGAAAAUCAUUUGUAUUUAUUUGUUAAACAAAUUUCUGGAAAGACUCCAUCUGUAAUUUUCCACCCACACAUGCAAUUACUUUUACGUAGACCACUGCUUAAUUUUUGUACACAAAUUAGAUUAUCUUAGGCAUCACUUUUUGGCACUUGGUGAUGUAGUGUUAAUUCUUAAUGGUUUUUCUUCUGCACCUUGAUUGGUUGCUGUUGGAUUUGUUCCAACAACGUGCAUCAUCUUGCGACUUCCGUAUCGGCGGAAGGAAAACCAUUAAUGUUCUUUGUUUCAGGAAAUGAAGGGGAACAUACUUUUUAAUCUUUGGGCUUGAAGGUAUCAAAUAUUUUCAAGUCAAAAGGCUCAAGUCCAAGUUAACUCACGAGUCAAUGGUGUUAAAGUCCAAGUCAAGUUGCAAGUUAUCAAAUUUGUGACUCAAGUCUGACUCAGGUCCAAGGUAGUGACGUCAGUAGUUAAACUCCACCCUGAUAGCUGCAGGACCUUCAACACAUUCUACCUCAGGAGCAGGGACAAACUGUGGCCCCGGAACCAAAACUGGGGCUACGUUUCUUCGGUCGUAAUGCAAGUAAGGUUCCAGAGUUCCUGUAGAUAUUUCUUGGUUCCUGCACAGGUAAAGGGCCACAAUGAGAGUAAAGACGUUUGCACAAAAUGGAGUCUUUUCAAAGCUGCAUUGAUUGACGUUUUUGCCACUAAGGAGCAUAACUCCGCAGCAAGCUGACAUACCUUGAUGUACAGUAGGUUGUUGAUGGCUAAUGUGUUAGCAAACAUUGUAAGCAGAAAGUUUGCGUUCAGUUAAAGUUGUGUUUCUGACCACCUGAUGAAUGUAAGGCCGAUAUUUUUACUCCUUUUAGCUCUAGUUUGGUGUCCACCAACUCCUGAGGAAAACUCUUUAUCGGCUGGAUUUUCGUCUUUCUUAACAGCUAGUUUCUAACUUUGCCUGUUUGACAUUGGGUGCUUGACAGGUAGCAUAGAGUGGUUUUAUCAGAGCUUUUUGGCUAAAAGUGAUGCAGCUAUACAUUAAACUACGACUGUAAAACUAAAACAAUUAGCUAAAUUACAGAUAUUGUUUAAGGCUAAAGUUAGCCACUGCGUCCUGGCUCUUUCAGAGCAACAAUUACAUUGAUAUCGCUCUUUAAACCCAUGAACACUGCAGUAUCCUCCGUCGUUCCCCAACCCACAAGGUUUCUUGAGCACAGUUUCUCUGACAUCUGUUUAGUGAUCUUUUCUUUAGCUUUUCUUGAUCUAUUGCAAGGUUUGCAGAAUAUUUUUAUCAAUUUCCUUCAGCGAACUUGCAGUGAGGAACUAAUGCUUCAGGGCCAGGAUGGACAAGGCGAUUGGUAGGACUAACUGUACGUUCCAAAGAGGCAAAGUGUCGCGGACGCCCAAGAAGCAGGACUGUCAAAAAUAUUUGUGGCAGCUUUGGUCGCUCUAGUCGCUCAUCAGGUGAAACAUUGAACGCUCAAUCGUGUUUGUCAGUUUAAAGAAGCCGCAGAGCGAACUACUGGCUUGAAAGCAGCAUCAUCCCAUUCAAACCGAGCAAAGAAGACUUUCAUGCUACGUCGCAACAUUAGCCUGCAAUUCUCUCCUCUGUUACUAACAUUACACACUUUAAAACUCACCAGACCAACCAACUACCUCCGCGACACGAUCCCAAGCCUCAUUGUUUUUAUUCUGGUCUCUGUAACCGAACAGCGACACAUUAUAAAGGACUGAGUGGGCGUGAACGCAAGUAGUCAACUUCGCGAUAUCCAUCGUCGGAACAAGUGUGCUGUAGGAACCAAAGUUACAUGGCUUGUUCUCUGGGACCCACUUCACCGAAGCACGCCAGCAUUCCGAUUGGUUGUCGCUGAACCACGUCAGAGCUCAUUACCAUAAAGUCAAACAAGUUUUAACUAACUUUGCUCCACUCGCUUUGGUCGCUCAAGACGUGCGGCUGACGACCAGGUCGCCCAGGUCGCCGGGCUCUCAUUGAAAAUGAAUGACUUCCGCCAUUUUGGAAGCUCUGGUCGCUGUUGGUGUGAACGUACAGUAAGACCUCUCUUAUGGGCAGUGAGCAAAAAAUUAAGAUUCAAUUAAAUCUUAGUGUAUGUUCAAAGAUUGUCAAGAUUAGAUGGUUUUGUGAAAUUGAAGACAUCAGUCUAAAGACUUUUAGUUAGAUCUAAGUCAUAUCCAAAGUCUGCCUGUGCAGCCAGCCUCGGGUUCCUUGUAAUUAAAGUAUGAACUUUCAAGGUUAAUGGUCUUUCCGGUGAGUCACAAAUCCUACCUGACAGAAUGAUUUCAGAAAGUUUUCUGUGCCAGAAUGGCAGGUUAGUUCAUUACCUGGCUAUUCCCUAAAUGUACACAAAGGAGCUUACCACAUCUUGUGCAAAAGGAAACAAAAAUAAACACAUUUCAAAGAUAAAAAAAUUGCAAAAAGACAACUUCCAGUCCAAACUGGGCGAUAAACCAGACAUUACGGCAGUGUUCGUUUUUUGUUUUUGUCAUGACAUUUCAGCUCAGUCUUGUAAAGGCCAUGUUUUUUAUUUGAUAAGCGUCAUUUGAUGUUUAAAAGGAAUGGACUGUUAACUCAACCAUGUUGGGGGUUUUUUUAUAGCAAUGUACCGAAACCUUACCUCACCAUUAGCCAAACUUGUUCGCAGUAACCUCAGAGCCCUCUGGUGGCAGUACUACAUUGAAAAGGCUGAAAAUUGCACUCAAUUGACAAACGAUGGCCUUAUAAAGUUCAUACGGCUAACAUGGGGAGCAAGCUUUAAUUUGGAGUUGUGCUUCUGGUGACCUGAUGAAUGUAAGUCUAGUAUUUGCUCAGCCUCGAUCACUGUUCUGAGAAAAAUAUCUGGCUCUUAAGCUGCUACUGUAAGUGUUUUAGUGUGUUCACCAGGUAGCCGCUAACUGUCUGGCUGCCCUCUAGUGGAGGGGAGGUAGUGUUCAGUUUAUUUACCUGUAAACAGCUGCCUGGUUAAAGCUGAUAGAAACGUUGAGACCGACCCGAAACGGUUACGUUGUGGGUCCAAAACCGAAACAGUGAACUGAAAGAUGCUAAAAUGCUGAAGAGCUUGUGAUGAAUCAGUGUGGGCUCGUUACUGCAAGCAACACCUUCACAUUAUAUUGGCUCAUUCUUCACAUAAAAUUAACAAUUAGUGCACUGUAAACCCCAAAUUACAUUAAAAUACAAAUGAGAGAAAACUUUAGGAACCUUAACUUGUCUGAUACAAAUGUUUGUGUUUUCUGUAGGUUGUGUACAAACUGGAGUUUAAUGGCCGUAAGAAUAUGUUGGAUUUUUACACGUCGCACACAUAACCAUAAUUACUUGAAUUACCGUAUGCACAGAGCUGUCGGUGCAUGUAAACAUAGUCAAUGCUGCCUGCUGGUUCAGAUGAUGUUUACUGUUCCUGAAAAGGUGCCAGCGCGCUGUUAUCUCUCCCACGAGUUGUUGCUUUUAAGGUUACUCAGUUACAAACCAAUAACAAGAGAGAAAAGCUAUUUUACAGUACAAAGGAAAAAGGAUGUAUAUUUUCAGACUGCAGAUUUUUUUUACGGAUGUUGUUCGCAUAAUAUGAACAUAUUGUUUUGCAUAGCUGAAAAAAAAAAACAUUUUCUUGCUCUCAAACCCAUUUCCACAUCUCUGCAAAAAAAAAAAAAGAAAAAAUACUAUGAGCAAGACAUUAUGAAUUGUAAAAAAAACAAAACAAAUUAGUGCAGCAUUACUUCUAUUUAAAAGAUUACUGUAGCUGGAUUUCACUGUCAGUAAAAAGCAACACAGCUGAACACAUUUAAAGAGUAACUAACCCCAGAAGUUUGGCUGAAAUACCUCGACCCUGGAAAUACCUCUAGAACCAGGCCCCCAGGUGGUCAAAUCAUGGAAUUACAAUUUCAGGGUCUGUCAUGCGAUGCCACUGCGCCCAAAAAGACUUUUUCCAUAGACUUAUAUUGUGAAAGAGACAUCUGUAAAUCAGUGGAUACAGUUUUUUGAGCAUCAGAACCACCACAAAAAAUUUUUUUUACUAUUGGGAGUUGUUUCAUUUUGACAACAUUUCAAACUUAAAUUAUUUUGUCACCAUUCAUGUUAGCGGGCUAAACCAGAAGUUAGCCGCUCAGCUGAUGAUAGCCUGCAAAAGUCUGUAGCAUGCUUGCCCUGUGGGCCCAACGAUGCAGAAGAGCUGGGUAAAUUUUAUACCCUGGAAGUUUAACUUUUUAUGCCCCAGGUACCACUGAGCAGCUUCCAUAGAACUGAACGGGGCCCCGCCUCCAUCGCUGUAUCCUGCCCAGUCACUCCUUUGUGCAGCAAAGGAAUCGAGGGGUGGGGGGGCUUUGUUGGUGACGAAAACAGCCACCAUAUGUCACUUUUCUUCAGAUCAGCCAGUGGCAAAAUUCUGUUUCAAAAGCCGAGUUUCAACCAUUAGAGUGCAGUCGCUGUUCAUAUUUAUAACCCGAUAUGUACAGUGACCUGAAUCAACAAAACUACUAAAUACCCAUAUACAUUGGUUUUCAGCUGAGAACAAAAAGUGGUUUGGGGGUUAGUUACUCUUCAGGUCAACGUCUUGAUCAAAGUGUAACCAGCAUCAGAGAAAAAAAAUCAUCCACCGUCAACACAGAUUUCUCUCCUUGUGUGUUUGAGUGUCUUCUUGUUCAACUCAUCUGUUCAACACUUACUGGAAAACCGUCGCGGUGAGAAAGGGAGUGAGAUAAAGUGUGUGUAGGUGUAGGAGUGAAUCUGUGGCAGCAAAACAAAAGAUGAGAAAAUUCUGAUCCAAAUUUGCUGCCUUGCACUCAGUAUUUACCGGAAACAUUGUCCGAUAAUGCAUUGUCCAGCUGUGGACAGUGUUCUGACGUGAGCGUGGAGAACUUCAAGAGGAAAUGAUUUUGAUGCUCAUGACUGACGAUGAUUGCAGCUAAUGUGAAUUGGCUCUUGAGAAUAAAGAUGGUUUUGAGAGAA